AUGUGCGAACGCGAUGACUGCACAAGUAUCGCCAAUCGACGAAUGGGACAAACGAUCAUGUGCGCAUAUCUCUCCGAGACGAGCCCGCCGACUUUACGAGAUCAUACAGGUUUGUGUCGAGUUCCUGCUUCACGAAAAUCUCUGAUUUUGCAGGCAGCUAUACUCUGAAAUGUGGACUCCCGGCCAAUUCGAUUGUCGAGAAGAACGACUUGUACCUUUUCCAUCUGGUGUUCGACGGAGAGAAGCAAGCGUGCACGAGAAUCACUCCGAUACCGACCCUUUUAUAUCCCGUUUAUCGGAAGAUUCUAGACGAGUAUCGAAAGAGCAGGAUGGACGCGCUGAAGGCAAUGAAAGCCGCAGGACGGUAGGGUGUACAUCGGACGUUUCCGAUCAGUUGUCUCAUUUCAGAAAUCAUCCCGUCUGA